UCAGCGACGAGACAUUUGAGGAGGAAGGUUUGUGUUGUGAGUGCAAGUUUUUGUCACAAAAACUCAUCAAAAAAUCAAUGUUUCACCCCAAAAAUCACCCAUUUAGCACCAUCAGGCACUGCAGUUAGUGUUGGGGGAUACAUUGGUGGACGAUUUAUUGUGGAAUUGUGCGGAAAAGUGAGUGAAAAUUGUGAAUUUCCCCAAAGUGAGAGAGAAAUGUUUUCUUACAAUCAAUACAUACGCAAAGAAGGCGCCCCCAAAAACGACAUUUUGUUUCUCACACACACUCUCAGUAUCCCAAUUGCAAAAUAAUUGCAAUCCCGGAGAUAAUUCUGGACAAUCUGCUUCAGAGCUUCUCUUUAGCCACUUCCUGUUCUUUCUUGCCCCCUUUAGGCACUCAAAUUGAAUUUUCUGUCUCAAGACUAGCCCCGCAGAAAAUGCACAAAAACUCUCCCUCGAUGAAAAAAUUACGAUAAAAGUGUCCGGAGGUUAUAAAAGUGCCAGCAAAAACCCAGGAAAUCCGUACAAAAGACAAAUGAAAAGACCCCCAGUUUAAGUGAUGUGAUAGUGAAAGAGAAUAUCUCCAAAAGCCUGGUGCUCCUGUGGCCCAAAUAAUUCCCGUGAAAAGACAUUUCAAAAGCAAAAGUAAAAAAAAAUUCCAGUGUAGCCCCAAAAGAAAAAAUUGUUUGCUUUACAUGAAAUUUUCGUGGUCAGUUUGUUAUUUAGUUGCCUAUUUUAAUUUUAACAUCACACCAGAGACGCCAGUGGAUUAGAUCUGGACUUCCGAAGGGAUUUUCAGUGGAAAAUGUCACUAAAAUGUGGAUUAAUACUGCUCCUGUUGAUUGUUCCAUUCAUCGCAAGUGGCUCCGGAAGAGAAAUUGGAGGAAGACGCCUUAAUGAAUACAUAUCGCACUAUGAGACACUGAGUUAUGAUACAAAGCAUGUUCAUGCGAGUCACAAUCGUGCAAAACGAUCUGUCACCAAAGAUCCCUACGUGUAUCUGAGAUUUGACGCCCACGGGGAAAAUUUUCACAUAAGACUCAAGAGAGAUGUGACCACUUUUAGUGAUAAUUUAGUGAUUGACGGUUCAGAUGGUCCAGUUGCAGUAGAUACAUCGCACAUUUAUCAGGGUGAAUUGCUAAAUGUACCAAAGAGUCAUGUCUUUGGCUCAGUAAUUGAUGGUGUUUUCGAAGGCCGAAUAUUAACUGGACGUCAAUCGUAUUAUGUGGAAAAUGCCAAACACUAUUUUCCCAACAGCACUCAUAGAGACGAGUCUGGAUUUCAUUCUGUGAUUUAUAAAGAGAGCCAUGUUUCAGAUCCAUAUGAUGAUAUAAGACAAGGUCACGGAGGUGGCUGCGGCAUCACCGACGAAAUAUCUAGCUGGAUGGAUAGUAUACAGAAUGCUGCUGUUGACGAUGAAACGCCAGCAGUGCCUUCUGCCAAAAUUCCUGCCGUGGAAAAGCCAAGGGAGUCAGCUCAGGAGGAAGAUUCCUACUGGCCACCACAUCGGAAAUACUCCAAGGAGGCUAAUUGGCGAGCUGAAUCCAAUACGGAGGAUGAGAAGAGUCACCAUGAGGAGGCCCACGAGAGAGUGAGAAGGGCAACGAGACCGAGAGAAGAGAAUCGCAACACUUGCUCACUGUACAUUCAGACAGAUCCUCUGAUUUGGCGCCAUAUCCGUGAGGGAAUUGCUGAUCGUGCGGUUAAUCCCAAAAUCAAGCAUGAUCGGAGUAGAAGACAGGAGAUUGAUGAGAAGACGCGCGAAGAGAUUCUCUCGUUGAUUGCUCAUCAUGUCACAGCUGUAAAUUACAUUUAUCGAAAUACAAAGUUCGAUGGACGAGUUGAGCAUCGGAAUAUUCGGUUUGAGGUUCAGAGAAUUAAGAUUGAUGAUGAUUCAGCGUGCAGUGAAUCAUACAAUGGGGAAUCCAAUCCAUUCUGCAUGGAGAACAUUGAUGUGUCCAACUUCCUCAAUAUUCAUUCCUUGGGCAAUCACGAAGACUUCUGCCUGGCUUAUGUCUUCACUUACAGGGACUUUACUGGGGGCACUUUGGGUCUGGCUUGGGUGGCAUCUGCUUCAGGGGCUUCCGGAGGUAUUUGCGAAAAGUAUAAAACGUACACGGAGACAGUCGGAGGCCUCUAUCAGAGCACCAAAAGGUCCCUCAAUACUGGAAUCAUCACAUUUGUUAACUACAACAGCCGAGUGCCACCGAAAGUGUCCCAAUUGACGCUUGCCCACGAAAUUGGACACAAUUUUGGAUCACCUCACGAUUAUCCACAAGAGUGCCGCCCUGGUGGUUUGCAUGGGAACUACAUAAUGUUCGCCAGCGCCACGAGUGGUGAUCGUCCGAACAACAGCAAAUUCUCAACUUGCUCCAUUCGCAACAUUUCCAAUGUUCUCGAUGCCAUUGAAGACACCAAGAAGCGCAAUUGCUUCCUGGCCAGCGAAGGAGCUUUCUGUGGCAAUAAAAUUGUGGAGAGUGGCGAAGAAUGUGACUGUGGCUUCAAUGAUGAAGAAUGUCAGGACAGAUGCUGCUACCCUCGGCAAAUUGGUGAACGUGAUCUCAGUCUCAAUGCCACAGCCAGAGGAUGCACCAGGCGAGCCAGAACACAGUGUAGUCCUAGCCAAGGACCGUGCUGUCAGAGUGAGACUUGUAGCUUCAUGCCGGCACAUCUGGGUGUCAAGUGCAAGGAAGAGACUGAAUGUUCCUGGAGUUCAAUGUGCAAUGGAACCACUCCCGAGUGCCCAGAACCGAAACCCAGGGACGACAAGACCAAAUGCAACAAUGGAACGCAGCUGUGCAUCGCCGGAGAAUGCUCAGGCUCCAUUUGUCUGCUGUGGAAUAUGACUGAGUGCUUCCUCACUUCCUCCAUCAUUCCCAACAUCGACAAGAGGAAACUGUGUGAGCUGGCGUGUCAGAAUGGCAAUGAUACUGGCACCUGCCGCAGCACCAGUGAAUUCGCUCAACUCUUUGGGCUCCCAGAUGGUGGGAUCAAUCUGCGUCCAGGAUCCCCAUGUGAUAAUUUUCAGGGAUACUGCGACGUGUUCUUGCGAUGUCGAGCCGUGGAUGCAGAAGGUCCACUGGUAAGACUGAAAAAUCUGCUCUUCAACAAAGAAACUCUCUUCACGGUGGCACAGUGGAUCACAGACAAUUGGUACGCUGUCAUUCUCAUCGGAAUUGGGUUCAUUAUCUUUAUGGGAGUGUUUAUUAAGUGCUGUGCCGUCCAUACGCCCAGCUCUAAUCCCAAAAAGCCUCCAGCCAGGAGAAUCAGUGAUACACUACGAGGGCCAAUGAAUACCCUAAGGCGAAUGCGCCACCAUCAGCGAAGCGGAGGACCCAGAAGUAUACCACCGCCACAUCACGAUCGCUCCAGAGGGCGCUCAGGUGGCAGAAGUGGCGUUCAGCCGGCACCUCGACGACCACCGUCGGGAAGUCGAGCAGCCAGCGGAUCCAGGGCUCCGGCUCAUGGGUACGGUGAGGGGAGGGGACAGCAGUACUAUCCGCCGAAAGCCACCGCUCCACCAGCACCGAAUUAUAGUCGCGCCAAUCAUCCGGAAGUAUAUUCGGAGGCAUUUCCGCCUGAUCCGCGACAUGCAUAUGAAAUGCCAAUUCGUCACCCAAACAGUAAAGUCUGACAGACGACAAAGACACCAUUCAGCUUUAUUUCACCAGGAGACUAUCUGUAUUUGCUAUGCUCGUCUCAUUUUGUCCGUGGGUGAAAAAAUUUAGUUUUAUAGAUAUUUCAUUGUUAGUUCGGAGAUGAAAAAGGGGGAGCAAUGAUGGUUUGAAAUUGCUUUAUUAUCAUUUUCUUUUUUUAAAAUUUUAGCAUGGCAGAGGUUAUCUUCAUUUGAAAGAUAUUCUGCUGAGAGAUCUCAUGUACACAGGGAAAAAAAGUUUGCAGAAAACUUUUACAAAAUGGUUUUGUGUCAAAAUCAUUUUGUCUUAACUUGGCCUGAGCAAUUCAUACAGAGAAUUUUGACCCUUAAUGUCCAUUUGAUGUUUUUCUUUUAGUUCAAUAGCGAAACCAUAGCUCAAUACGUUCACUAUUCUUAAAUUUCUACAAUCUAAUUAGUAAAAAAUAGGCCAUGCCCCUUUAGAAUGAUUUAACCUAAAAGAACAAA